AUGCAUGAGAAAGCAGCUCCCCUGAAGACCCCUGAGUCCAUGCACGGCCGUGACAAACUGGAGGCAUCCCACAAAGAGAAGAGUUUGGAUUCCCUUGACGGCAGCCUUCACCUGAAUGAAGCCCUGAAGGAUGAGGACAUCAAGAAAUGCCACCGGGAAGUGGUAAGUCCUUGCAAGUACAACUCCCAGUACCACAAGCUUUUCAAGGACAUCCCGACGGAGGAGAGCGUGCUGAAAGUUUGCUCCUGCGCCCUCCAGAGAGACAUCCUCAUCCAGGGAAGGCUUUACAUCUCCCCCAACUGGCUCUGCUUCUACGCCAACCUUUUUGGAAAGGACAUCAAGGUUGUGAUCCCGGUGGUCUCUGUGCAGCUGAUCAAAAAGCACAAGACGGCUCGGCUGCUGCCCAACGGCUUGGCCAUCACCACCAACGCCAGCAGAAAGUACAUCUUUGUAUCCCUCAUCUCCCGUGACAGCGUCUACGACGUCCUGAGGAGAGUCUGCACCCACCUGCAGGUCUCGAGUAAGAAGAGCCUGAGCUUGAAGGAGCUGUCGGAGGAGCCCGACGCCGUGUCGCUGGAGGUGAUCGUCCCCGAGGGGAAGUGGAGGAAGGUGUCACCCACCUCGUUGUCACUGUCACUGCCUGAUGCUGACUAUCAGUGCAUCCACCGGAGCUCUGUCAGCAGCCUGAGUGCCAAGGAGAGCUCCUUCACCUCCGAGGAGCCCCUGGUUUCCGAAAGUGCAAUAAACACGGAGGAGGAGCUGGAGGUGGAGCAGAGCUGUGUGGCAGAGCUGAGACCUUCCGACUACCAGCUCCUCAAGAUCUUCAUCGUGCUGAUCUGCCUGCUGGUCGUGUCCUCCUCGUACCUGGCGUUUCGGAUCUUCCGCCUGGAGCAGCAGCUCUGCUCUCUGAACCGGGACUACCUCUCCCGUGGGCACAGGAGGUGA